AUGGAUUUGAAGCCUUGGAAUCAUGUAUCAGAAGCUCAUCAAGCUUCUAUCUUAGAAGAUAUAAAGGCUAUUACUGAAGCAGGAGAGAGAAAAAUAGUAGUAGACCGUGAAUUGUCAACAAGCAGAACGAACAAAGCUAAUAAUAGAAGGUCGAUUGAUUUAAAAAGGGUUAGAAAAGAAGACCCCGAAAAAGAAGAAAGCAGUGAUUCAGACUAUUCACCGCCAGGUAAUGCGAAACGGAAGCAAUCUAAAGUUGAUGCUCGUUCUCCAGAUACCGGAAAUGAAAAACCUUCGCUUACGAUUGAGGAAGAAGCAUCAGAGAAAUAUGCAACCAAAAGAUUAAGGAGGAGAGCAGGAAAGAGUCAGGAAGAACAAGACGAUUUUUUGCCUUGGAGCGCUGUUGAUGACAAUUUCCAGCCUGUUGGAAAUCAGGAAGUCGGGAAGAAUUUUAGAAAAACCGAGGAAACAUCAAUUUUGAAAGAGAACAUACCUCUUCUAGAAAGUCAUUUAAAGGAGAAUCCAAAGACGAAACCUCCUGCAACAAAACCCAAAUUCCAGGGAAAGUUAACCUUCAAAGCCAAACCUCCUUCUGAGGAAAAUCAACCAACCAAGAGCAGUAAUUCUUCAAGUAUUCGUGAAAAGAAGAUAAAAGGGUCGGAAAAGCAAAGCGAGUCAAACAGCACUGAGAUGGAGCCCACUGAGGAAUAUACAUACAGAUACAACAAUGAUUUUUGUUCAGCGUGCCAUGGAUCGGGCAAUUUCCUUUGUUGUGAAACUUGCCCCAAUAGUUUUCACUUCAGUUGUAUAGAUCCUCCUAUCGAGGAAACAAAUUUACCCGAUGGUGCAUGGUAUUGUAACAAUUGUCGAUAUAGAUCAUUGUACGGCGAAGGCUCCGACCAAGAAGAUACGGAAGAAAAAGUAAAAAAAGAAGAGGAUUCUAUGUUUCAAUUACCAUACGCUAUACGAUCGUAUUUUCAGGGAAUUGGUAUUGGCGUUUUUGGGGAAUACUUAGAAACUGAUUCAAUAAAGCAAUCUAGAGCAGGACGCAAAAACAUAAUGGAUGAUAGGGACGCCUUUUUGUUAAGAGAUCAGAAUGGAGCACCUGUGUGUUGCUAUCAUUGUCAAAGCUCGGUAUUACCAUCCCAAAGCAUGGUUGUGUGCGACUAUUGCUUGUCUUAUUGGCACCCGGAUUGUCUUUCUCCCCCCUUGUCUACUUUGCCUUCUAGUAUAAGAAAGUGGAAAUGUCCAAAUCAUGCUGAGCACGUAACCCCUCGAUAUCGACUGCCGAGAAGAGCUAAAGUGAUUGAUGUAGGACUACCUCGAGGUUUUAAAAAUAGAGGUAACAUAAUUAUUGAUGAUCGUGAAGACAGAGAAUCAAUUCAAACAAUUCAGUGGCAAGGAAAAAUUCGGGUUGUCCCUACUAAAGCUUUCAAGUUGAAUUUUUUGGAACAAAUAAAGGACAACAUAAAAUAUUUGGAGCAGAUGUAUAGGCAAAACGAGGCGGUUUGUCUAAAGACUCUUCCGCAAUUAGCUUCUUACGCUUCACGAGAUUGCGAAUUCCCGCUAAGAGUACUUUCAGAUGUCGCAAACAAUAACCUAAACAAUGAUGACUAUGUGCUUGCAUUACGGGAUUUACUGCGAAUACUUAGAUGGGAUCCAUCCAAGCCUGUUCCCUGUCCUACGGAGCUUGUGGAUCUUUCUAUACGCCAUUCAAUAUAG